AUGGAAGCAGCAAAGCAGGCCAUCGAGGCCGCCACCGAGGGCGUCAAGAACCUGGCCGUCGGCACCGACGCCAAGAAGCCCCAGGCCCCCAAGAAGGAGAAGAAGGCCAAGGCCGGCGCCGACGCCGCCUCGGGCCCCCUCGAGAUGAAGCCCGAGCCCGACUUCCUGAAGCACCGUGUCGAACUGUUCGACCGCAUAAAGAAACGCCAGGAUGAGGAGCUCGCCAAGAAGCCCCGCGAACCCAUCACCAUCACCAUGCCCGACGGCAGCAUCAAGGCCGGCACCUCGUACGAGACCACCCCCGGCGACAUCGCCAAGGGCAUCAGCAACAGCCUGUACAAGCGCACCGUCGUCGCCCGGCUCGACGGCGACAAGGAGCAGCUGUGGGAUCUGGAGCGGCCCCUCGAGCGCAGCUGCAGGCUUGAGCUGCUCGACUUCGAGGAUGAGCAGGGCAAGAUGGUCUUCUGGCACUCGUCCGCCCACAUCCUGGGCGAGGCUUCCGAGCGCCGCUUCGGCUGCAGCCUCUGCAUCGGCCCGCCCAUCGACAACGGUUUCUACUACGAGAUGGGUCUUCCAGGCGGCGCAGCCGUCCAGACCACCGACUGGAAGCCCAUCGAGACCAUCGUCUCUUCCAUCGUCAAGGAGAAGCAAAAGUUCGAGCGCCUGACCAUGACCAAGGACGAGCUGCUCGAGAUGUUCAACUACAACAAGUACAAGCAGCACAUCAUCAAGGACAAGAUUGCCGAUGGCACCUCUACCACUGUCUACCGCAACGGGCCCCUGAUCGAUUUGUGCAGGGGGCCUCACGUGCCCGACACUGGCAGGAUCGAGGCCUUUGCCAUCAUGAAGAACUCGGCCUCGUACUUCCUGGGCGACAACAAGAACGACUCCCUGCAGAGGAUCUACGGUGUCUCCUUCCCCGACAAGAAGAAGAUGGCCGAGCACAAGAAGUUCCUCGAGGAGGCCGCCAAGCGGGACCACCGAAAGAUCGGCAAGGACCAGGAGCUGUUCUUCUUCAGCGACAUGUCCCCCGGAUCCGCCAUGUGGCUACCCCACGGCACCAGGAUUUACAACACUCUGCUGGAGUACAUCCGCGAGCAGUACUGGAAGCGAGGCUACCAGGAGGUUAUCACCCCCAACAUGUACAACUCGGAGCUGUGGAAGCAGUCGGGCCACUGGAACUACUACAAGGACGACAUGUUCGUCAUCGAUAUGGAGGAGAACGUCAAGUUUGGUCUGAAGCCCAUGAACUGCCCCGGCCACUGUCUGUUGUUCAGCCACCGUGAGAGGUCGCACCGCGAGUUGCCAUGGCGGGUUGCCGAUUUCGGUGUGCUCCACAGAAACGAGGCCACCGGCGCCCUGUCCGGCCUCACCCGCGUGCGCAGGUUCCAGCAAGACGAUGCCCACAUAUUCUGCCGCGAGGACCAGAUCAAGGCUGAGAUGAGCGACCUGUUCGACUUCCUGCACGAGAUGUACGGUCUCCUGGGCAUGACCUUCAAGCUGAAGCUCUCCACCCGGCCCGAGAAGUAUAUGGGUGAGAUCGCUACCUGGGACAGGGCCGAGGGCAUGCUGCGCGAGUCACUGGAUGAGUUCACCGCCAACGGAGGUGGCGCCUGGUCUCUCAACGAGGGUGACGGAGCUUUCUACGGACCCAAAAUCGACAUCACCAUCGUCGACUGCUUGAACCGCGACUGGCAAUGUGCCACCAUCCAGCUCGACUUCAUGCAGCCUCAGAACUUUGGUCUGGAGUACAUGACCAACGAGGGCGCACAGAAGAAGGAGGACUCCGACAAGCCUGCUGACGGCCCCAAGCCCAAGGUCAAGAACCCACAGGCCGUCAUCGACUCCGCCCAGGCGGCCAGAGAAAAGGCCUCUGAGCCCGCUGCUGUGGAUGGCAAGGAUGCACCAAAGAAGGAGAAGGAACGAGUCAUCAAGCCUGUUUCCGCCGGCUGUGCCCGUCCUGUUAUGAUUCAUCGUGCCAUGGCCGGCAGUAUCGAGCGGUUCACCGCCAUUCUGUGCGAGCACUUUGCUGGCAAGUGGCCGUUCUGGCUGUCGCCCAGGCAGAUCCUGAUCAUCCCCGUUGGUGUUGGCUUCUACGACUACGCCGAGGAAGUACAGAAGAUCUUCCGACAGGAGAAGAUGUACGUGGAUGUUGACCUGAGCGGUAACACCCUCCAAAAGAAGAUUCGUACCGGCCAGCUGAGCCAGUACAACUUCAUUUUUGUGGUCGGCGACGAGGAAAUGAAGGGCAGACAGGUCAACGUCAGAUGGCGUGACGACACCUCGGCCCAGGACCGUGGCAAGCCGAUUGCUCUAGACGAGGCGGUUGAGAAGCUCAGCAAGCUGAAGGCCGACCGUGGCUCCUACAACCCCUUCCCGUCGAUUGUCAAGCCGGGGGCGGCAAAGGAGGAUGCCAAAGAGGCGGCGGCUUAA